AUGUCUGCCAGCUCAAGAAAGAUGCGGAGGACACGCUCCCCGAGCUCCCCGUCUCCGUUCCGGGCUCUGGCCCAUCACCAGAUGGCAAAUGCGGGAUCGAAUCCGCGCGAUAAUGUCUCCCUCAUCCGUUCUUUCAACAAUGAGAACAACCCCACGCGGCCGAUGCGACCAUCACCUCUCACAGCGUCAGUCAUCCGCGACAUGCCACAAGACCUAGUUGAUCGCAUACGCUCGUUCCCGCUAUUCUUAUCGGCGCCCGAGGAAUUUCUCUUGGAGAUUGGGAACAACUUGAAGCCGCAGAUCCACGCGAUGAACGAUCACAUCAUCACAGAGGGGGACGAAGCAAAGGCCAUGUACUGGCUUGUGCGCGGUGUUGUUGCCGCCACCUCCCGCGAUGGCGAGGCGGUCUAUGCGGAGCUCAAGCCUGGCUCGUUCUUUGGCGAGAUUGGUGUUCUCAUGGACGUGCCCAGAACGGCAAACAUCAUUGCGCGUACAAAGUGUCUUCUCUUGGUCCUGAAGAAAGAGGACCUGCAGGCUGUGAUGCCCAAGUUCCCCGAUAUGGAGAAAGAGAUUCGGCAAGAGGCGCAAGAGAGGUUGAACUUGCUGAAGAAGCGACAUCAGGAAGUGGGCGCCAAAAAUCAGUUUCCUUCAGGAGAUAUAUCUGCGCGCUCGGCGGCUCCUGGUGAAGUAUCGAAAGGUGAAAGUGGUUCAUUCAGGGACGGUGCCGUCAUCAAUUCGAAGAAGCGCAAAUCACCGAGUCCGGGAAUUAUCGAGGAUCCCUCGGCGGGUAGCGCAAUCGGUAGUGGCUACGUGCAGAUCCGGAGGACACUGAAGGAGUUGCCAUUGUUCUCGGCGUUGCCGGCGGAUACUCUUCACUUCCUGGGACUCAGCGUCCAACCGCGCGCCUACCCGCCUUUUACGGACAUUGUUCAUCAAGGAAGCUCGGGAAAGGAGAUUUACUUCCUCGUCAGAGGGGAGGCAGAGGUCGUUCACCAGCCGCCAAAGGAACACGCAGCCGAAGGGCUCAAGAGUCUUUCACAGAUCCAGAAGCGACCGAGACUGAAGGAAGGACAGUAUUUUGGCGAGGUCAGCAGCUUGGGGCUAGCGCCCGGGCGGACAGCCACUGUGCGCUCCAUCACAACUGUGGAGUGCCUCAUGGUACCCGGGCAUGUGCUCGAUGAGCUCUGGAAAAGAUGCCCGCCGACCAUCAGGUCGCAGGUUGAAAAGACGGCCCGUAUGCGGUACACUGCAAAGGACGACGAUAUCGAGAUGGCGGACUAUGACAGGAGGGAAAAGCUUAGCAAGUCUGACCCCCCGACACCGACAUCAACUCACCGAUCGGGACCGCAUGUAAUCUUCACGACGCCUUCCAAGCCGGGAUCUCCUGCGAAAGACGAAUUCGACAAGAUCGAGCACAAGGACCCUGAUCCGUUCUUGAGCGUGGACAUGGAGAACUUGCGGAACAGGCGGAGGCACUCCUUGGCACCACCGACAUCUACAGGCGAUGCAACCUCACCACUGAGCAAUGGGAGUCGAUCACUCGCCGCGGACACGUAUUCCAAUAAAUCCUCCGGCUCCGGGGCUGAUACACCGCCAGAUGCCAACAUUCCCGCCAAGCGUGUCAAAGUCUUGCCCAGGCGACCUCACAAGCAAGCCAAGCCCACCCUGUCAGACGAGCUCUUGGUGAGGGUUUUCUCAUUUGCGGACAUUGGGGUUCUCUCCCGGCUCUGCCAGAUCAGCAGUCACUGGCAGAUGCUUCUCAAAACAUCACCAAACAUCUGCAAGACUGUUGACCUUUCGUUAUACAAUCGCACGGUCACGGACCAGGUCAUUGUGCGCACGCUGGCACCAUUUAUAGGAACACGUGCUGAAGUGGUUGACCUCAGCAACUGCUUCCACCUGUCUGACGAGGGGUUUUCAACGCUAUGGAAGACGUGUGGCAAGAAUGUCAAGCGAUGGAGGAUGCGGUCUGUUUGGGAUGUUUCAGCGAGCCAGAUUCUUGAGAUGAGUGAGAACGCGAAGGGACUGGUCGAGGUAGACUGGAGCAACUGCCGUAAGGUUGGCGACAACCUGCUGGGCCGCGUCGUUGGGUGGGUAGUACCCGAGCCUCCGCCUGCCAACCGGCAAGUCAUCACGUCAAGCUCCAAUACCAACAACGGCAACGGAAACAAGGCCAAGACUCGGGCGCAGGCUCAGCACCAGCAGAAGAUGCAACAGGCUCAGCAGCAGAGGCAAGCCAAUAUGCCUCCGCCAGGCACUGUAAUUGGGUGCCCCCAACUCGCGCAGCUCAAUCUUUCCUAUUGCAAGCACAUAACCGACCGCUCGAUGGCUCACUUGGCCGCGCAUGCUUCGAACCGCCUGGAGUCGCUAUCCCUCACACGAUGUACCUCCAUCACCGAUGCAGGCUUUCAGAGCUGGGCGCCUUUCAAGUUCGAGAAGCUCUGGAAUCUAGGUCUUGCCGACUGCACAUAUCUGUCCGACAAUGCGAUUGUGGCGCUUGUCAAUGCUGCGAAGAACCUGACGCACCUCGACCUUUCGUUUUGCUGCGCGCUCUCAGACACAGCAACAGAAGUCCUUGCUUUGGGACUGCCUAAGCUCCGCGAGCUUCGCAUGGCCUUCUGCGGCAGUGCCGUUGGCGACGAAAGUCUCCAGAGCAUUGCGCUGCAUCUCAACAGCCUUGAAGGCAUCAGUGUGAGAGGCUGUGUUCGCGUCACCGGCACGGGCAUCGAGAGUCUGCUGCGGAAUUGCCCCAAGCUGAAGUGGAUUGACGCAAGCCAGUGCCGUAAUUUGGAAUCUUGGAUUCGCACCGGCGGUGUUGAGCGAUGGGGCUACGAUGACCGCUGUGGCAAGCUCCCCGAGCCGCUUUCUCCGACGGAGAUCAGCUCACCCAAGAUGGCGAGACCGUCAAGCAUGGGCGUUGCGCCGUUGACAACGCCAACCGUCGGAGGAAUCGAGUUUGGCAGGUGGCGACAAAAGCGACCCGUGCGGUUCAUUGUUGAAAAGGGGACAGACUGUCUGCGAUGA